CCAUUGCUCAUUGGUUUCCCCAUCGUUAAUAAGUACAGUAUAUAUUAAUAAUAAAAGACAAACGUGCACUGUAUUCAUCAACUUUCAUGCUUCCAUACGGCUGGUUUUUAGUUAAUAUCCUCCUUUAAAUAUAUAUUCUUCUUCUCCCACUCUGGACUUUCAGCCCAUUCCAAUGAAGCUGCUCUGCUCAUGGCUGUCGUCGACUUGCUCCUCCUCCUCCUCCACCGCCGCCGGCUCUCCGUCGUCAAAAUUCCGGCCAUCCUCCGACGCUUGCAGCAGCAGCAGCAUCUCCUCUCAUGCCCGAACCCUACACUCAAAUUCAACGUUAUCACCCCCCAGUAGCAGCAGCAGCAGCAGCAGCAGCAUCCAAUCUAACGCUUCUCUCCUCACUCUCCCUUCCGUCCCCUCUCUCCAAAAAUCCCCUCUCGCCCCGCUAAACGCCUCCUCCGCCAUUUCCGACACCUCAAUCAAGCUCGCCGGCCGCGUCAAUUUCCUCGCUCUUCAUAAUAAUCUCCUCCUCUACGCAGCCUCGGGGGAUCGAGUCUACGUCUACGACAUCACGUCUUGUACCCUAGUCGACGCAUUCAGCACCGCAAAAUUCUCCACCGUCAAGUCCAUCGCCUUCAUCGACGGGAAGGUGUUCACAGCGCAUCAAGAUGGUAAAAUCCGAGGUUGGAAACGAGACGGCAAUUACAAGCACAAGCUCGAGGUCACGCUGCCAACGCUUGAAGAUCGUGUGAGAAGAUUCAUCCUCCCCAGAAAUUAUAUUACUGUCCGGCGGCAUAAGAAGAAGCUCUCCAUAGAGCACUACGACGCCGUUUCGGGCCUUGCAGUUGCAGCAUAUCAUGAAAAGUACUCAUCUGCUGUAUUAUCGAUAUCGUGGGACAAAAGCAUCAAAUUCUGGGAACCCCGGAGUUUCCGAUGCCUGGAAUCCAUUAACAAAGCACACUACGAUGCAAUAAAUGCUGUGGCAGUGUCGGAAGAUGGGUUAGUGAUUUACACAGCCUCUGCCGAUCGGAGGAUCAAAGUCUGGAAAAGAGAGGCCGGGAAAACGUACGGCGCCAUCGCCACUCUGGAGAAGCAUAAAUCGGCGGUGAACGCAUUGGCGCUGAGCCGGGACGGUUCGGUUUUGUUCUCCGGUUCGUGCGACCGGUCCAUUUUGGUGUGGGAGAGAGAAGACAGUGCGCAUCACAUGGCGGUGACCGGCGCGUUGAGGGGUCAUGCAAAGGCAAUUCUAUGCUUGUGCUUGAUCGACGGCCAGGAUUGUUUGCUGUUGAGUGGGUCGGCUGAUCGGACGGUGAGGAUGUGGCAGAGAGGGGUUGAUGGACGCAGUUACUGGUGCGUGGCGGUGCUGGAUGGCCACCGGACGCCGGUAAGGUCGCUGGCCGCCGGCGGAGGUGGAGGUGGCGUCGUGACAGUUUUUAGUGGAAGCUUCGAUGGGGAGAUUAAGAUAUGGCAACUUGAAAACAUACAUGCAUGCAUCGAUUAAUUAAUUGAUUAAGGAUCAAUCAUUUCAAUUUUCAUAUUAUAUUAUAUA